AUUUGAAUUUUGAUUUUGAAUCUUUGAUCAAUGUAAAUAAAGACAUGGCUUCUUCUGGGAGUGAAAAUAACGAAUCUGACCAAGGAAAGGUAUAUGAUUGGCAAGAAAGCUCACAGACAACUUCAAACUUAGCUGACGACUAUGAACAUGUGCAUGGCACAGAAACUUCAAACCAAGAUGAAAAGGAAUAUGAGUUCGAAGAAUGGAUAAAUGUGAAUAAUCGUUUGAAGCAACAUGGUUUUCGUUCUAUUAGACCGUCACCUUUACCCCAUGUUACAAAAGGAUUAAUAGGGAUUUUUUUGGAUGAAGCUGAGGCUCACAUGUUGAGAAAUACAAUUGAAAAGCUUUUAGAUGAUUGUGAGCGUAGACAAGCAUUAGUACAAGAACUCAUCACUUCUUCAAAUAAACUUCAACAAGAAGUGAACGACAAAAGUGAUAAAGCGUAUCGUUAUGACCGAGAGGUUGGUCGUUUAAACAGAGAUCUCAAAGCUCAGCAAAGACAAAUUCAGAACCUAGAACAGAAACGUUUAGAUGAAGUUCGAUGUCAUGGUGAAGAAAUACAAGCGAUAAGCAUUGCUAAAGCUGAUCUACAAACAAAAUGUGAUCUUCUUGAACAAAAAUGUAAUGAAAUGGAACAGGAAAUUGCGAGAUUUCGACUUGAGAACGAAGAGAUGUAUUCAAUGCAAAACGAGAGACAGCGGACAGGGAAAGCUGUACAAACAGAUAAAACCAGAGAUAAGAAGAAUCUCAAAGAUAUUGAUUGGAAUGAUGCAGAUGACGAACACAUAGAUGACAAAGAGACUAUUACAACAGCAAGUGACUUGGGAAACGAGAGACCCUAUAAAGAGCUGGAAUCAACUCCUGAAACCUUUCAGGAUGAAUAUACAGUGACGGGAAAAGCAAGCAGAAGUGAUAUUAUCCCAGAUUCGAGACAAUUUCAUAAAGCAACCGAAAGACAAAUGGAAGAGUCGAAAAAGUUGAUUGAUUUACUAGAGGACGAAAACAAUAAACUGAAAGCAGAACUGACUAAAAGGCCUGGAUUGGACGAGUGGCGAAAGGCCUGGAAAUACAACAAAAGACUGGAAAAGAUUUUAAUGGAAAACAACCUGAAAUUUAACAGCAAGAAAACCAAGGAUUUGAGAGAUAAGAAAAGUCGAGUUAAACAGAAAACACAUGUGAAAGAUAUCGAUUACUUGCCGAUUGAUAUUUGCAGGAAAUAUAUCAAGCGUACAUGUAGUGUGUUAAACAUCAGUGAUUUAAAAGAGAUCACCCCAAUGUUGAACUCGUUCAUCACUCUUGGAGAAACACAAGAAAGAAUGGAAGCUUUGAUUCGCAGAAUCUUGAAAGUGAUCGAUGCCAAAAAUGUUCCUUAUCAAAUACGUGAUGAUAUCUCGGAUAGCACUGAGCCUCGCAAUCAUUCGAUAUGUUGUGAAAAAGCCUGGAAACUAAUUAUACCGACGUUAAAGAGAUGGUCAAGUGAAAUAAAGAGUUUGAAAGAAUUGAAAGAAGGAAUUAUACGUUUAUGUAAGAGUCACUUUCCUUGGAAACCCAUCGACGAAAUGUUUACGGAAGGUGACGAACUUCGUGUCGAAGAUCUUCGAAAGGCUCUACAAAAGAUGACGGUCGUCGAAGAUCAUUUGAAGCCUUUGAAUUUAUGGAAAAACGAUGCCGUUUCGUUAGAGCAAUUGAAAAAUAUAGUGGCGCACUUUCAGAAACUCUUCGAUGUAAAAAACCUUUGUGGCGUGUUCCCAAAGAUGAACGAAGUGUACAGCAAAGUUGGAGAGAUGUGUAAUGUGAUGAAAACUAUUAGAGAAAGUCUUGAUUUAGCUCCUACAGCUAACACUGUGGAAAUAGUGAACGCUAUUGGAAAGAUUCAAACCGCGAGGCAUUAUCUGAAGUUUCAAGAUUUGCCAGGAAUAAUCAAACGACUAGAGGAGUAUGAUGAAUUUUUUCCAGCUUUUCAAUCUUUGGUGUCCCAACUCUAUGACUUAUUGAGUGUUGAUAAAAUGGACGAGAUACUUACGGCUGUUAAAGCACUGAUUCGCUUUCCCCAAAAAUGAUUAUUUCAACAUGGAAAUAUGCCAAGUCAAGAAGGAAAUACUCAGAACACUUAACUGGAAGUUUUUUAAAAAAUAACUAUUUUUAUCGAUUUAUGUACACAAUUAAGAUUAUAUUGUAUACUAUAUAGAUUACUGUGCUAUAUAUAUUAUCGUGAAAGGUAGUUUAGAGCAUUGACCUUUUGGGCAUGCAUGUUGUACUUAUUGGUGUUUUAGUAUUUUGAAAAUAUUUUAACAUUGCCAAUCCAGGAGCUGUUUCAAUGUGUUUUCCCCAACCACCUGCCAGCAUUUAACGAAUAAAUUGUAAAAAAUUAAA